AUGAGCCAGAAAAAUACCCGUAUCGCCAUCGUCUCGGACGACAAGUGCAAGCCCAAAAAAUGCAGACAAGAGUGCAGAAAGAGCUGUCCCGUGGUGAAGACGGGAAAGCUGUGUAUCGAGGUGGCCCCAACCUCGAAAAUUGCCUUUAUUUCGGAGAACCUGUGUAUAGGAUGCGGUAUCUGCGUGAAAAAGUGUCCGUUUGGAGCCAUCAACAUCAUUAAUUUACCAACCAACCUUGAAAAAGAGGUCACCCACAGAUACUCGGCCAACUCUUUCAAAUUGCAUAGACUACCUACUCCAAGACCCGGUCAGGUGCUUGGUCUGGUGGGAACCAACGGUAUUGGAAAGUCCACCGCGCUCAAGAUCCUUGCCGGAAAGGAGAAGCCCAACCUUGGAAGAUACGACGAUCCGCCAGACUGGGAGGACAUUUUGAAGCAUUUUAGAGGAUCAGAGCUGCAGAACUACCUGACCAAGGUUCUGGAAGACAACAUCAAGGCCAUCAUCAAGCCGCAGUACGUGGAUAACAUACCUCGUGCCAUCAAAGGACCGCUCAACAAGGUUGGAGAACUAAUCAAGGCCAAGCUCGAAAGACAGGACGCUGCCAAACAGGUGGUCGACACGCUGGAGUUGAAGGGAAUUCUGAAACGAGAGGUCUCGAAGCUUUCUGGUGGAGAGCUCCAGAGAUUUGCUAUCGGAAUGACCUGUGUCCAGGACGCCCAUGUGUACAUGUUUGACGAGCCUUCGUCGUACCUGGACGUCAAGCAGCGUCUGAACGCUGCCUUCAUCAUCAGAUCGCUUCUCCAGCCAACCGUCUACGUUAUUGUCGUGGAGCACGAUCUGUCUGUGCUGGACUAUCUGUCCGACUUCGUUUGCAUUCUCUACGGUGUUCCCUCCGUGUACGGCGUGGUGACCCUUCCGGCCUCUGUGAGGGAGGGUAUCAACAUUUUCCUUGACGGCCACAUCCCAACGGAAAACAUGAGGUUCAGAACCGAGUCGCUGCAGUUUAGACUUGCUGAUGCGUCGGACAAAAUGAUCGUGGACCAGUCGCACUCGAUGGCGUAUCCAGACAUGACCAAGACGCAGGGCGAUUUCAAGCUGACCGUGGAGGCCGGCGAGUUCUCCGACAGCGAGAUCAUCGUGAUGAUGGGCGAGAACGGUACCGGAAAAACGACGCUGUGUAAGCUUCUUGCGGGAGCCAUCACGCCAGACGAGGGAAGCCAGGCGCCAAAGCUGAACGUCUCGAUGAAACCGCAAAAGAUCGCUCCGAAGUUCACCGGAACCGUGAGACAGCUGUUCUUGAAGAAGAUCAGGGCCUCGUUCCUGCAUGCGCAGUUCAACACCGACGUGGUGAAGCCGCUCAAAAUCGAAGACAUCAUCGACCAGGAAGUGCAGCACCUGUCGGGAGGUGAGUUGCAGAGAGUCGCCAUUGUGCUUGCGCUCGGCAUGGACGCCGACAUCUACCUUAUUGACGAGCCUUCCGCCUACUUGGACUCGGAGCAGCGUAUUAUUUGCUCCAAGGUGAUCAGAAGAUUCAUCAUCCACUCGAAGAAAACCGCCUUUAUCGUCGAGCACGACUUCAUCAUGGCCACGUAUAUGGCCGACAAGGUGAUGGUGUUCGAGGGUGUGCCGUCGAAGUCCGCCACGGCGAGAAAGGCCGAGUCGCUGCUGACUGGUUGCAACCGGUUCCUGAAGAACCUGAACGUCACGUUCAGAAGAGACCCUAACUCGUUCAGACCGAGAAUCAACAAGCUGGACUCCCAGAUGGACAAGGAGCAGAAACUGAGCGGCAAUUACUUCUUCUUGGAGAACACCGAGCUGUAA